CGGUUACUUCCUGUUUCCGAGAAAACAGACCACGUUUGACCAUCGGUUUAAGUGCAUCUGUACGACAUUGAUUUCUUGUUCAGGUCUCAAUAAAUUUUGAAAGCUCGUAUCUCAUAGUAACAACAAACAUGGAGAACGGGCAAGGAGAGACAGUUCUUAAAACAGAGACUCAAACAGAAAUUAAAACAGAGGUUGUAGACGAGACUAAAAUAAAUGAUGCCAAUGUCGAGGUUAAAGACGAGAAGCCGGUUUCUGAAGAAUAUUCCCCAAAAGUAAAAUCUGAGGAACCAUCUAGCGAACUGUUAGAAAGAAUAAAAAAUCAAAUCGAGUUUUACUUUGGAGAUGUGAAUAUGCAAAGAGAUAAAUUUCUCAUUGAGCAAACAAAAUUGGAUGAAGGCUGGAUUCCUAUGACUAUUAUGUUAAAUUUCAAAUUGUUGGCCUCUAUGAGUCAAGAUAUUAAUGUUAUAUUAGAAGCCGUAAAAUCAAGCGAACUUAUGGAAAUAUCAGAAGAUAGAAAAAAGAUUCGUCGUUCUCCAAAGCAUCCCUUGCCAGUAUAUAAUGAAGAAUAUAGGAAGGCGCAGGAGGCCAAGACAGUUUACCUAAAAGGAUUUCCUUUACAGGGCACCACUAUUGAAAAGCUCAAAACAUUUCUCAGUGAUUAUGAACCAUUUGAUAAUAUUGUUAUGAGGAAGUAUGUGGAUAAGGAGAAGAAGUUUCAGUUUAAAGGUUCCAUUUUCGUGCAGUUCAAAACUCUAGAGAAUGCAAAAGCCUUUAUGGUUAGGGAAUCUGUAAAAUAUGGAGACACUGAAUUAAUUAAGAUGUGGUCAUCCGACUAUUCUCAAUCUAAAAUACAGGAAAGGGAAAGCAGGAGGCAAAAAAGAUCAGAAAUGAAGACAAAGAAAAGUGAAUCUGUUGAUAUGGAAUCUGAGAAAACAGAAUGUAAUGAUAAAGAGAAAGAAAGCGACAAGGUGAAUCUAUUUCCAAAGGGUUGCGUGAUUUAUUUUACUAAUGUACCUGAUGAAUGUAUAAGAGAAGAUAUUAAGGAAUGUCUAGGUGAAUUAGGUGCGAAUGUUGCAUUUGUUGAUUUUAAUAAAGGUGAUACAGUGGGAUAUGCUCGAUUGCAGGGAGAAAAUGAUGCAAAAACAGUAAUUGACAAAAUGCAUGAAAGUAAAAUAUCUAUACGCGGUAAAGAUGUAACCUGUUGUGUCCUUGAGAGCGAAGAAGAGGAAAAAUAUUUUUUGAAAGUGAGAAAACAAAUGGCAAAUUCUAGGCAAAAGAAUUUUAAAGGAAAGAGAGGCAAAAAAGGCCGUAACACACGAGUAGCAACUAAAAGACGUAUGAGUGAAAGCAAUGAUGUGGUUCCCGCUAAGAAAGGGAAUAAUUCAGUUGAAUAAUUCAGAAAUAUUUAUCUUGGACAAACCAAAACUUGUAUAAUUAUUCAACUAAACAUGUAUAUUAAUCAUAUUUUUAUUAUACAGAUACUUAUUGUAUAAAAUAAGAAAAGAUAGAUGUUACACUAUUAUGUAUUCAAGACAGAUAAAACUACUUUAAGCGCAUAUUUUUUUGUUAUGCUUCGAGUAGUGUGUAUUAUUUAAAAAGAUAAAAGUACAACACCGUUUAUAUUUGUAAA